AUGCAGAAUAUUAAAAGUGAACGACGCCAGCACCAGCCCGUCACUAAAAUGACCGAGAAGAAGGCCAAGGGUCCAACAGUGACACCCCAACUGGCUCGUAUGAGGGGCCAGUGGGUGCAGGAGACGAAGGAGGUCACCAUCAAAGCUCCUAACACCAUGUUAGGGGUUGUGAAGGGGUCCAAGGACCAGCCCCUACGGGUUGUAGGGCUAGAUAAAGGCCUCGUCCACGAUGCCGCGGAUCACAUAAAAGCCCUGGUUCAAAAGGCUGUGACCACGACAGUGACCAUCAAAGCUCCUAACAACAUGUUAGGGGUUGUGGUAGGCCCAGGUGGCUCUACCAUAAAAGAGAUUCAGGAAAAGUAUAAGGUUCGCGUCUCUGUCCCUCAGAAGGGGUCCAAGGACCAGCCCCUACGGGUUGUAGGGCUAGAUAAAGGCCUCGUCCACGACGCCGCGGAUCACAUAAAAGCCCUGGUUCAAAAGGCUGUGACCACGACAGUGACCAUCACUGCUCCUAACAACAUGUUAGGGGUUGUGGUAGGCCCAGGUGGCUCUACCAUAAAAGAGAUCCAGGAAAAGUACAAAGUACGGGUCUUUGUUCCUCAGAAGGGGUCCAAGGACCAGCCCCUACGGGUUGUAGGGCCAGAUAAAGGCCUGGUGCAGGAUGCCGCGGAUCAUAUAGAGUCCUUGAUGGCCUAUGAAAAGGAAAGGCGGCGUCUCAGUACGCCAGUGUCACAAACAGUGUUCAUCCCUAAGGCCCACCACGGCCUAAUAAUUGGCAGACAGGGUCAAAAUAUACGGUACCUAUCACUAACCCGUAGAAUAACCAUAGUUCUGCCCCCCAAAAAUGUUAUAAGUGAUGAGGUCACUGUGACCGGUCUCCCUGACCAGGUGGACCAAGGUGUAAGAGACCUGGUUAACCUGGUCAAAAGCUCCACCCACAUUUGUUACAACUCUGACUUCUGA